AGGCCUAGGCCCCCCCCCCCCGACUUAUGAAUUGACUUCUGAGUGGGGAAGUUCAUCAACUAUUAAAGCGACACCUGUCUUACUUAUCGUAAAGGGUUAUGGAUCAAGAAUCAAGAGAAAAAACUGAGUUGUUUGGGACUCGGAUCACCAAGCAGAUCCUGAAGACAAGAAGUGGGGAGUUUGACCUCGAGAGUAUCCACUGCCUGAUCCUCAGAGAAAUGGAUAUCGAUCACUUGGGUUGCAUCGGAGACUGCACAUACCUUGAGAGGCUGGACCUUAGCAGGAAUGACCUUGCCAACCUACGACCUUUGACCCCACUUAAGCACCUGUCAUAUUUGAAUAUUUCAGCCAAUCGGAUCACAAGCAUUGAUCCUUUAAAGGAACUUGCCAAUCUCCAAACACUCAAUGCAUCCGGAAACCUCAUAAGCAGCGUGGACAGUCUCCAAUGCCUGGCCAACCUAGACUCCUUCUCCAGUCUGACUCUGAGCGAUCCCCUCACCGGCCUCAAUAACCCGGUGUGCCAUGGUUCAUCUUACAAGUCUAGCGUGAUGAUGAUACUGCCGAGGUUAAAGGUUGUGGACGGGGAGAGGGUGUCAGGAAGCGGAAGUGAAUUGUUUGAACUAUGCAGGAAACUGGAUGAAAUGUUGGAAGGCUCUACAGAGAGCACAACCAAAACCAACUUACCACAGCCCUGGGUGAGCAAGGACUUCUGGGAAGCUAAAGGGGCAGUUGAUGCAGAUCAGCAGAGAUGGAGUGCAGAACAGCAGUUUCAAGAUCUUCUGAAAAGCUGUAAAGACCUUGAGUUCGAUGCAUCAAGGAGUCUGAUGGAAAGCACUGAGAAUAACUCGUGACAGUGCUAUUUGGAGAAGAUUAAUCUAUGCACGAUACCUGCCAAGCUUUAAAAGUCUGGUAACAUUCCACUGUUGUUUCCUUAUGUUUGAAACACAGACUGAGUCGCCAUGUAUACUUUGGAGUACUUUUUAAACUACUGCAAAAGCUUUCUUUGCUGAUUAGCAUAUGUGACUUGCUGACAUUGUUUGUGAAGCUUGUUGGUAAAAAGUCACUUUAAAGCUGGCCUCAGGUCGACCUGCGAGUUGCUUGCGCAGCGAUGGAACUAGCCUUGGUCAAGGUGUUCGUCAGUUGCUGUAGCAGCGUGAGGGCGCUGUUUGGGCUUCGCAGAGUGUAUAGCGCACGACUAGUUGUCAUGUGUUUAGCAGCUAGAUACGAUCACAGACACUAUCAAUGAACGCCUUCACCAAGGCCAGUUCCGUCAUGGUGCAAGCAAAUGGCAAGUCGACCUGAGGUCGGCUUAAUAAGCACAAGUUUAGUGCCAAAAUUGCUGUUAAACAGUUUUGUUUUUUCCUUCUGUACAGGGUGUUAAUUAUUUGACAGAGUUUGGUGUGUGAAUUGAAAACAUGAAGAGCUUUCUUUGUAAAUAUAAUUUGCAAAUGUUCCUUCUUUCAUAUGCAACCAUAACUAUUGCAUUCUUUACCAUUUGGUGCCUUUUAGAAGAAUUUAAAAUUUGAAAUUAAAAAUGAAGUAUAAUAGAAAAAAAUCAGUACUGCAAUCAAAUAAGUUUUAUGAAAUAAUUUAAUUACAACGGAUGAAGAUGAUAAAAUUUUGUAAAAUAGUCUAUAUUUCAUGUGUUGAUUCAGACAUUAAUGUUACUGCAGUGAGACUGUGUUUUGCUUGCAUUUUAUUUUAGAUUGAGCUUAAGUGAAAGUGUGGAAUUUUUAGGGUUGUAAAUUUUGUGAUGCGUUUGGCUGAAAUCAAUUAUGUAGCUGCAAUAUGUCGGAUGCAACGACUUCCUAAGGUCCAUUUUGACCAAUAAUAUCAUUCAUAAAUACGUAAGAUAGUUAACACAUUCCCAUUGGUCGAGAGCCCAUCGCGUGGGUAUUUUAUACGGUUGAUAAAAAACAAACUAGUUUUAAACACUUUAUUCAUACACUACUGCAUUCCGCGUCACAUAGCGCAGUAUUCACCACGCGCACGGCAAUCUCCAUAAAAAGAGAGUUUUAGCACUAUGCGCGUGAGGCACAUUCCAUAGAUACUGCAAGAGGGGUGUUUCACAAAACAUAAGGGAAAAUUGCUAAACAAAAUCAUUGGGAAAUUGUAAAUUUUUGACUUUUGUUUUGACUGAAAGUAAUUUAUGAAUGGGAAUAUAU